GAUCCCUCCUGAUGACCUGGAUGGAAUUAUGUGAUCCUUCCUUAACCCAUAGGAAGUCCCACCCAGUUGACUACUUCGAUAUGGUGGAAGUCCUCAAUGGCCCUGCCCAUGCUAAAACGUGCUUAUGGGCACUAAAGUCCUCAAUCAUUCUCUAUGAGUGCGUCAGAGAAUGCCUAAACAUUGGGUCACAUGGAUGUAUUCCAUCCCCCAACAUUUUUGUUACGCUACUACUGUAUAAUAAUAGUUUACAUCCAUUUGCUCUACUCUUGGUGGAGUAUUACUGAUGGAACUGAGUUUCAAAGCAGAACGAAAAGGAUUAGGCCUUAAAGAUGAGGAGUUAGGGUUGUUUCUCCAGAGAAACCAAAUCAUAGAUGAGAAAAAUAAAUAUGUGAUGUGUGACUGACUCUCAUCCACAUAAGGCUGUACCCAAAACUAUGAUUGUGCCAGUUUCAUAUUGAAUGUUAUACCACCUGUUUUCUUCUCAGCAUGUCUUUCUGUUCUAUUUCAAAGAGAAUUUGAAACUUGUAACUAUUUGUUUAAUUUCGGUUUCAUUCCCCCUUAAAAAUACCUUCUUUUUUUUCUCCCUGAAAUCACCAGAUUCUCACCUCAAUUCUGGCUGGGCGAAGUUUGUACUCCUGUUGUUUAAUGUACUUUUAUGUAUCAUGUAGAAUAUACCUUUUUUCCCAUAACUUUUGCCUCUCUUAAAUUCAAUAUCCACACAUUAGUGGAAUAUGUUUCUUAGCAGAAUGUCCUCUUUGACCUGUUUUUUGGCAGACAACUCUGGAGUUGCAGAAAAAGUGAAGUUAUUGCAGCAGAAAGUGGUUAUUCGAGCACUUAUUUUCUCAAGCUUUAACUUGAUUGGUUGAUUUGCAUUCCUUGGAGGCAGUGUGUAGAACGAAGGAUUCUUGUCUUUCUCUGAUUUGUUACCUAACGUAUGUUAAUAUUAUUUAAUUGGCUUAUUCUCUUGUCAAUCAAAGACUCGGGCUCAAAGGCUUUGGAUUGGUCGCAGACCCUGUCCGUCACAGACGGUCUGAACAUAAGGACCCGUUUGAUUGGUAUGACGCAGAUGGACAGGAGCGGGGCUUUCUCAGUGUGGAAGUUGUAAAUUCUCCAUCAAUUUCUGACCGAAAUUAUUGCAAUGUUUCAUGUGAACAUUGUCUCUAUAUACAUUGUAGGUGUUGCGCUAAAUGUAUAUCCAUUGCAUUGUAUGUUACCCUUUAUCUUGAUACAACCUACGGAGAUGUAAUGCAAAUACUGUAGUGUUUUAGUCUGAUUAUAUGUCGCUACUCCCGCCCCUGCCCCCACCCACAUUCCUGCCUGUCUGGUCUGUUCUGGCGGUGGGUAGCAAACUGCAUCAAGGAAAAAGAGGAGGAAAAAGUCCAUAGAACUCUUUGCCAAGAAAAUAAACAAGAACCAACACGGGGCAGCCUUCCUCUUCCUCUAUUUUCCCCUUUUAAUAUUGUAAUUGGGAGAUAACUGCUUUGUUGGCAGCACUACUAUGUAUAUUACGGCGUUGUAGCUAAAUCAACUGCGUGGACUGAGUGGAAAAAGUAACAUACUGCGGUUGAUAUCGCUGCAAAGUGUGUGAAGGAGUGUAUUUGUAAAGUAUCAUCAUCAAGGGAACUGACAUCUUACGACACAUUGUGAAUCAGUGCGGUCGCAUCGCCAAGGAUGGAAAUAUUGGACAGUACUGAGUCCUUUUUACACUGGGAUAGGAAUCUCAGCGAGCUGUCGGAGCCUGGAGAAAACGAACAUCUCUUGUACAGCACACACUUCACAGACCUCCUGGAUGACUUUUCCCAGGAUGCUUUGCUGGGCCAGCUGCUGAGCGACCCUUUCCUCUCCGGCCGGGAAGGAGAGGCCAUGGAUGAGGGGGAGGAUUUUACCCCGUCCUCUCCGCUGCCGCCCCACAUCCAGGCGGAGCACUCCUACUCCCUGUGUGGGGACUCCCGGCCCCAGUCGCCCCUCUCACAUCUGCCUGGGGAGCAGGGGAGUGAUGCAGAGUCAGACGGUGAGGAUUGGCCCGUGGAGCAGGAGGAACAGAUGGAGGUGCUGCUGUGUGACCCUCCAGCCUUGCUGCCCACCCUAACCCUCUCCCUAGCACCCGAGGGCCACAUCACUGAGGCCCCCGCCCCACCCGCCCCCAGCCCCAAGCCCAACCCACACACCGCCACACAGGGCAAGGCCAGCAAGGUGAAGGAGGUUGGUGAGAUCCAGAUCAAACUGGAGCCUCAUGAGGUGGACCAGUUCCUCAACUUGUCUCCUGAAGGUCUGGAGUCUCUGCAGAUGCCCCCCACCCCUCCCUCCUCCCACAGCAGUGACUCAGAUGGCAGUCAGAGCCCGGUACACGCCAGCACCCCCCAGAGCCCCUCCACCCCCACCUUUCCCCUCAGCCCUGCGCCCUCCCAGGCCGGCCUCAAGGUGUCCCUUCGCACACCCUCCUCCCUCUCCAACUCCCCUCUUCUCACCGCCCCACACAAGUUGCAGGGCUCUGGCCCUCUCCUGCUGACAGAGGAAGAGAGGAGAACCCUGGUUGCCGAGGGUUACCCUGUUCCCACCAAGCUGCCCCUGUCCAAGGCGGAGGAGAAAGCCCUGAAGAAGAUACGUAGGAAGAUCAAGAACAAGAUCUCUGCUCAAGAGAGCCGCAGAAAGAAGAAAGAGUACAUGGACGCCCUGGAGAAGAAGGUGGAGAACUGCUCCAAUGAGAACAGCGAGCUGCGCAGGAAAGUGGAGAAUCUGGAGUGUACCAACAAGACUCUAAUACAACAGCUGCUCUCUCUGCAGGCAGUGGUGGCAGGGAAGGUUCCCCGCUCCUGCAAAGUCACUGGCACCCAGACCUCCUCCUGCCUCAUGGUGGUGGUGCUGUGUUUCGCUGUGUUCCUAGGGAGUUUCUACCCCAGCCUGGGUCCCUGCUCCUCCAUCACAGAGACUGGCCUCUCCAGAGACAUGGCCAUGCAGGAGUCUUACACCGCUACAGUGAAGUCCAGGAGCCUGCUGUCCUAUGAGGAGAGAGGGCUGGACGAGCCACACCUUCUGGGUCUGGGCGGGGACUAUCCUGACCAAUUGGAGAGGCCCACGGUUGUGAUGGCAGCGUGGCGCUCUGAGAAAAAGCAGCAGAAAGGAGAGGAGUCACACAUUGCUGAGACACGCCCACCUUUCAGCAACAGCAGUGAUACAAAUCCACAGAAACCCCUGCUAUUAGACCUGCACAGGUCUCUGGAGCAGAGGGUGAAUGACAGCAGUAAAAUCAUAGAGCUGGAGAGGACAGUCAACGAGACAUCAUAGGGUCUACCUCUGAGCCCUCACCCCUGACCUUUGACCUUCCCUCUGCAGGAGCAGGAGAUGGAGGCUCUGUAUUUAUAGAAUCAUUUUGGAUAUCUUUAUUAUUUUAUCGUAUGUAGUUGUUCUUUUAUAUUGUGUUUUUAUUCCAUUCCAAUAGUACACCACCUUUUGAUAUAUUUUUGUGUUCAUACUUUGUUUUUAUUUAGCCUUUAUUUGUUUUACUUCUUUAUAUAUUUUAUGACAUCCUUUGCUUUAGGCAUUAUGCUCUGUUAUAUUUGAGUGAGUGGUAUUUUUUUCAGUAUUUCUAUGGUGAUAUUCCCCUUGAUGGUGGAGUUUUGAGAGUGGGCCCUGUAGCUCUUUGAAUACACUGCUGAUGUCUUCACAGUAAUAAUAUCAAAUCACAGUAAUAAUAUCAAAUGCUCUUUUCAUUCCAUAUUGGUUUCCUAUUGAUUUUGUCAGGAUGGAUUCAGAAUAUCACACUGUCCUUAAAUAUGAUUAUCUAUCAAAAGCCAAAGGUCUUCGUAGCAAAUCCUAUUUUUGUAAAUAUAAAUAAUAACAUAAUAAUGUCAGCCUACAUGUGUGAGGUCAGUAAAACGAUGUUGACCGUUUUACUCUGAUGUUGAUGGAUGGUUGUAUGUUGAGACAACCAAGCUUUAUAAUACAGCAUUAUGACAAAGUACUUUAUACCAGAUAAUGUGUGUGAGGAAUGUGUUGUUUCCUGAACUAAGUUACUUUCUUGCUGGGGCAAACACCAUGGUGGCCUUGUGAUGAACCAGGAUGAUGUUUCUGCUAGGUUACAGUCUCUACCACCUGCACUGUCUCACACAUACACACACAUACACACAGAUGAAUAGAACCAUAAGUGCUUUCUCCAUUGGCCAGCACCCUGCAGUCAAUCCACUCACACUGUGUCCCCAAAGAGUCCAUUUUAUUCUUAUUUAUUGUAUAUAAACUGUAGAGUCACAUUUUGCCUCCACAGGACCCAUCUUUGUCUUUAUGGGUUCUGUCCUUUUUAGUUUUUGCUUAAAACAAAUAAAUAUUUUCCGUAGUAAAAGCAUCAA